GGAGAGGCAACUAAGAAAGAGAAGGAAAAGGAGGAGGAAAGGGAGGAGGAAAAGCCGAAGAAGGAAGAGGAAAAAGGGAAGAAAAAAGAGAAGGGGAAGAACAAAGGAAAGAAGGAGGUAAAAGGACCAAGCGAGGAGCAAGUGAAAGCGCCGAUCGCUGCUCCAGAGCCUGAGCUCAAAACUGAGCCAGACAUUGAAGCGGCUCCUGAUCAGCACUCGAUCAGCAGCGCAGAGACGCAGCCAGCUCAAGAGGAACACAAGGAAAAAGCUGUAAUAAAGGAGGAGCCUGAAGCGGUGGAAGAAGUGAAAGAGGAGGAAGCCGAGGAGGACGCCGAGGAGGAACGGGCAGAGCAGGAGAAAGAAGUCAAAGGAGAGGAAAAGGCAGAGGAGGCGGUGAAGAAGGAGAAGGAGAAGGAGAAGGAGAAGCCUGUGAAAGACAAGAAAACGGAGAAGAAGACAGAAGAGGCCAAAGGCUCCAAACGUCAGAAAACCAUGCAAUGCAAAGUCACCUUACUGGACGACACUCAGUUCGAGUGCGAGCUCGAUAAACACGCUAAAGGCCAGGAACUUUUGACUAAGGUGUGUGACCAUGUCAACCUGCUGGAGAAAGAUUACUUUGGCUUGGCUAACUGGGAAACCCCAACCUGCAAGACAUGGUUGGAACCCGCAAAAGAGAUCAGGAAACAGGUUUCCGGUGCUGUCUAUGAGUUUACAUUCAACGUGAAGUUCUACCCCCCUGAUCCAGCACAGCUCACUGAAGACCUCACCAGGUACUUUCUAUGUGUCCAGCUUAGGAAAGACAUUAUGCGCGGUGUUCUUCCCUGUUCCUUCGUCACACUGUCCUUGCUGGGCUCCUACACGGCCCAGUCGGAGCUUGGGGAGUAUGACCCAGAGCUCCAUGGAGAAGACUAUGUUAAGGAUUUAAGCCUUGCUCCCGGACAGAGCAAAGAGCUGGAGGACAAAGUGAUGGAGUUGCACCGCACAUACAGGUCAAUGAUUCCUGCCCAGGCGGACAUGUUGUUUCUUGAGAAUGCCAAGAAACUCGCCAUGUAUGGAGUGGACCUGCACCAAGCCAAGGAUCUGGAUGGUGUUGACAUCACACUGGGGGUUUGCUCCGGUGGUCUGAUGGUUUACAAGGACAAGCUGAGGAUCAACCGUUUCCCUUGGCCCAAGGUGCUCAAGAUCUCUUACAAACGCAGCAGUUUCUUUAUCAAGAUCCGACCAUCAGAGCAAGAGCAGUACGAAAGCACAAUCGGCUUCAAACUGCCCAACUACAAAGCCUCAAAGAAGCUGUGGAAAGUCUGUGUUGAAAACCAUACCUUCUUCAGGGUUCCGACAGUGGAGCCUCCCUCAUCACGUCGCUUCCUCGUCCUGGGCUCGAAGUUUCGGUACAGCGGGCGUACUCAGGCCCAGACCCGCCAGGCGAGCUCCAUGAUCGACCGCCCAGCCCCUCGCUUCACACGCUCUGCAAGCAAGAGGCUGUCGCGUAAUCUAGAUGAAGCUGGAGAUGACACUCUCCAGUUACUCUCAGCAUCAACCAGAUCUGAGACCGAUGAUUGGUGGUUGAUGCAGGUAUCUGACAAGCCUCAGCCUUCUCCUGAAUUCCCAGCCAGAGGGAAGUCGAAGGAGACUUUGAUUCAAUCCUGGGAGGAGCAGCAGUCUGCUCAGACCGUCACAGUAACCUGGCAGGACACUGAGACUGGUCAGACUGGUCGUCAAACCAUUACUCAGACAGUGGAAGGCGAGUGGUCUGCCCUGCUGCAUCGUCAUCCUCCUUUUCCCUUUGUCCCACCUUCUGAUUUUGUGAAACAGCCAGCUAAGCUCAGCUUGACAAAAACAAGCUCUAUGGACAGGCUCUUGCAACCUGCGCUGAAACAGCAAGACGAUUGGUUCCUGUACUUUGACCAAAUCUUCAGCUUGUCUUCACUUGAGGGUGUUGAAAAACCACUCUCUCCCCUAGCCCAGUCGCAGAUCCACGAUGAGGACGAGCAGGAGCUGAGCCGUGAGCAGGUCACUGAGAGGCUUCAGGAAACUGUGACCUUGGUAGACAAGAUGAUUGAGGCGAAUGUUUUGGAAAGGAAGCUCAGGGAAGUAAGGGGUUUGGAGGAAAGACUCGAAGAAAUGGAUGAAAUGGCAGAGAAACUUCAAGAAGUAAUAGAGCAAGAAUUGGGGAAGGAGGAGUUACACAAACUAAGAGAAGAAGAAAGACAUUUAGAGGAAGACAAACUUAAAAAGGUGCAAGGUACAACAGAAAGGGUAGUAAAGAAAUCAGUGAGGUGGAUGGAGACAAAAGAAGAGGAUGAAGUGGAUGAAUUGGAGGAGCAAAUAAAGCAGGUGUUUUUAACAGGUUUGUUGCCUGAAGAGGAAGAGUCAGAAGUGAAACAGGAGAGUGAAAAGGAGGCGGCAGAUGAAAAUCUGUUGGAUGAUAGUUUGAGAGAGAAGCUACGCCAGAUAGAAAGGGAAUGGCAAGAUGAAGUGAAAGAGAAGCUUGGCUCUCCAGAUGUCGUCGGCACCGCUUCUGUAGUGGCACAUCAGAAGGUGGUGCGUAGCACUAAGAGGAGAGCGACUAUUAUAGACGAGAGGGGGCAACAACAGGAAGAUAUAGAGGACGUGCAGGGUCAGUCUGGUGUAAUAUCAGAGGUGAGGCUGGAAAAACAAGAGAUAUGGCGUAGGACAGAACUUGAGGAGAGGACCGGCAGGGAGGUGACAGAGAGGUUUCAGGCUGACUAUCAACCUCAGGUGGAAAAUAAAGAUGUCUGGGCUAUUUUCUUCGACCGCCCUCCAUACAGACCUGUUUUCAAACCACCAGUUACCUCUGUGGAACUUGCCCGGGUGGAUAAAGGCGAGCAUUUCAUCUCAAAGACUGAGAUUACAGCAGUUGAGAAAACAGAGAUUAUAAUGGAAGAGAAAAUAAUGCGAGGAGAGGAAGUGCAGCGAGAGAUCCCACCACCAUCAACCAUCACAGACAGAGAUGAUGAUUGGUUUGUGUUGCUGGAUGUUGUUCCCAGGGAAACUCUGUAUGUACCACCAGUUAUCUUGAAGGAGCGAGACCGGAUGGAGGCAAAAAGUGUUGUCUCUGUGGUUGGGACUGCAGCUGAUGAGGAGAUUAGAGAAGUGGUUGUUGAAGAGAGAAAAAUAAUAGAAGAGACCCCAAGACGUCUACAAGAAAUCGCACAACAGCCAGUGACAGACAGAGAUGAUGACUGGUUUGUGUUGCUGGAUGUUGUUCCCAUAGAAACUUCUUAUGUGCCACCAGUUACCUUGAAGGAGCGAGACCAGAUGGAGGCAGAAAGUGUUGUCUCUGUGGUUGCGACUGCAGCUGAUGAGAUUAGAGAAGUGUUUGUUGAAGAGAGAAGGAUUAUAGAAGAGGCACCGAGACGCCUACAACAAAUGCCACUACAGCCAAUGACCGAUCGAGACGACGACUGGUUUGUGUUGCUCGAGGUUGUUCCAAGAGAGAGAUCAUAUGUUUCACCAGUUGCUGUUGUGCAGCAUGUUCAAGUGUCACCACAAGAACGCGUUUCUCUGAUUGAAAUAGCAACCGUUGAGCUGAGGGGGAAAAGAUCAGAGGUUGUAGUAGACAACACAGACGUAAAACAAGUGCCGGGUGAAAAACAAGUAGCACUGCCACAAGCUGGGAAACCGAGAGAAGAUGACUGGUUUGGGCUGCUGGACGUUCCUAUUAGAGAACCUGCAUUUGUGCCACAAGUUACCUUUGAUCAGGUUUAUCCUGGCAGAAGCUUUUCGGGUGAGACUGAAACGACUGCAGUGGAGUCCAAGAAGGACUUUGUAAUUGACAGUAUUGUGGUGCAGAAAGAGGAGAAGAAGCACGGCGUGCAAAUUAUACCAGAGCUGAAAAUGUCCCAGCCUUUGAGGGCGAGAGAUGAUGACUGGUAUCUGCUGCUGGAUGUUGGUCCCAGAGAAACAUCGUAUGUGCCUCCAGUUUCUCCGGCAGUGCAGCUCCAAAUUUGUCCCAGUGUUGAAUCUCAGAUUGAAGUGAAAAGCACUGAGCGGGAGGUGCAUUGGGUCGAUCUUGAGCAGAUUAGACCGCAGCCUUCCCAGCCACGGCCAGAGAGAGAUGACUGGUUUGUGCUGUUCGAUGCAAUUCGCGAAGAAGCAGUCAUGCAACCGUCAGUUGCCCCUGCUGAGAUUGUUCUGGAUGAGAGGAAGACGUUUGAGGUUGAGGUGACAACCACAGAGACUAGAACGUGGAAGAAGAAGAUAAUUGGUGUGGACAGCAGGCAAGAUGAGACUCGUUCGUCUGAAAUUAAACGAAUCCAAAUGGCACCACUGUCAGAGAGAGGAGGGGGAGACGAUUGGUUUGUCUUAUUCGACAUCGUCCGAGAAAAGCCUUUUGUCGUACCACCAGUUGCUGCGGUUGAGCGCAUUGUCGACGUGUUGGCAGACACUGGCAGAAAAGUGGAAGAUGAUUUGUUUAUUCCUCUGGAUGUGGCCCCUAAGAAACAAGUUGCUGGGGUUGAGCAUAUUGUCAGUGUUUUGGGAACCACUGGGAGAAAGCUUGAAGAUGAUUGGUUUGUUCUUCUGGAUGUGGCGCCUAAGAAAUCAGUUCCUGUCCCUGAGCGCGUCCGGUUCCCAGCAGAGGUCAGAACUCCCACUGCUGUAGCCAAAACAAGGAUUUCUAUUCCUGAGACGAUACCACUGUUCGCGGAACGGAUCCUGGAGGAAAGAUGUCCACUCACAAAUACACAUGUCGAUGAUGAUUGGUUUGUUCUACUAGAUGUUGACCUCAAAGAGUCAGUGGUGGUCACGCAGAGGGGUGCCCGUCCCGUCAGUGCUCCGGUCUUCUCCCAGGCUGCUCUGGCUGAGGCGGGGAUCCCCAUGGCGCCCUUCGAGCAGCCCCAGACCUCCACUCCGAUCAAGACCAGCCGGAAGGAGGAACGAAAGCUGGAGGUCACCGUGGAAGCCGUGGAGCCCUCAAAAAUGGAGGAUGUGGCUGAGGUCAAGUCAGUAGUGUGGAGGGACCAGACAGACGUAGAGUCUUCACUGAUAUCCACCUUCAAUGGGGACAUUCAGCACGAGUCAGAGGUCACAAGCACGGAGGUGGUGCGAAUGCGAAAGAAAAGAGCAAAGAAAAUUGAGGGUGACUCAAUUUAUAUCAGACAUAGCCUUUUAAUGUUGGAGGAGUUCGAUAAGCCUCAGGAGGACCUGAUCCGGCAUCACGCCAGUAUCAGUAAGCUAAAGAAAAACUUCAUGGAAUCCGUCCCGGAGCCCAGGCCCAGUGAGUGGGACAAACGCCUGUCCACGCACUCUCCGUUCCGCACCUUGGGUAUCAAUGGUCAGCCUCUGCCCAGUGCCGAUGGGAGUGUGUUUAUUAGUUCCCAAUGCAAUGGUUCAGAGACAAAGGCUGCAUAUGAGGAAACCGGCAACAGUCUGGGCUUGUCAGGCCCACCCAGGCCCACUGUGAGCCCCGAGAGUGAGCCUGAUAGUGUGGAAGCCCACGGUGCUCCUGUUGAGGAAGAGUCAUGUGACCGAGACGAGGUUGUAGUUUUUGAGACUUCAUUGGUGCCCGUCGUAGAGGUGGAGAUGGCACAGUUGGCCGCCUCCCUCAAGCCCUGCUGCAAAGCUUUAGAUGAGACCCAGGAGGAAGAAGGAUCAUAUCCCGGAGUGUCGUCGUACUCUGGGAGGAUAGUUGGAUCUUCUCUGGCCUCCUGUUUCAGGAGCGACGGUCCACAGGUCAUGCACUGCUUCCAGCCCCCUCUGGUGCAGACCCAGACAGUCACCAUCACAGCUGCCUCCAACUCCUUACCCACUGGCAUCUCCACCACAGAGGUUCCUAUCGUCCCGACCAAGACCUUCACCUAUGAGUCUUCAAAGGUUGAUGGGACAGAUGAGGACAAAGAUGGUUCAACUGUGUCCAGCUCCAAGACCGUGACCUCAGAAACCACCAGUGGCACCACAGUCACCACCACUACCACUCACAUCUCAAAGGUAGUGAAAGGUGGAUCAGAGAGUCGUGUGGAGAAGAGGAUCGUCAUAACUGCAGACUCUGAUAUCGACCAAGAUAAGGAGAAACAUGGCGGAGCAUCAGCAUUGUAACUGAAUCGCCACUUUCAUUUAUUCCUUUGACUCUCCACCUCCGACAUCCCUUCAUCAGAGGGCAGCGAUCAGCACACACUGACCAGCCCCAUCUACGCACACAAUUAUCCAAAAAGAAAUAUCUCACAUCUGCAACUAAAGUUAUUGGAAACUGAGUAGAUAAAUGUUUGUAGAUUUUUAUUUUAUUUUUCAGUUGAGCUGUUCAAUGUAGGUAGAGGAGGGCUGCGCACAUCUCAAGUUUUGAUUAAAAGCUUAGCAGAUAACACUUAAAGACAGCAUUUUCAGUUAUGUGAUCUCAGUUAUGUUUGCUUUUAAACGCUUUUAUUUUCCUAGUGGUUUUUAAAUUGUUAAUUUUAUACAAAUGCACUGUCUCCAUUUUAGUCUAGACACCGUUUUCAGCAUUUAUCCCCUUGGUGCUGCUUGGGGAACGUUAAGACUACAUUCAAGGGAACUAUUAUUUUUGUGGUUGUUUACUCAUCUAUUUAAUUCAGGAGAGGCAAUUUUAUUUUUCAUGAAAUGACAUACCUCUCAUCAAUAUGUGAACAAAUAUUUUCUGUGCUCAAAUUUGGACACAUUGUCUGUUUGUUCACUGCUCAGGUACAAAAACAAAACACAAAAUCCUUUUUUUUUUUUUAUUCUUCCCAAACCAGCGAAGAACCAGUAGCCUACACAUUAUUGUAAAGUUUGAAUUAAAAAUUGAUCUAUUUUGAAAUAUUUCUCUAUUUUAUAUAAUUGAUGCUUUUAUAGUAUUUGUACAAAUUGAGGUUUUUAAGUUAUUCAUAUCCAUCUUCUCAUGAAAUUGUAGGUUACCAUUGUGCUGUUUUAGGUCUCCAUUGAAGACCACGCCCGACGCCCUGAAUCAUUCUUAUUCGUUUCCUCUUGUAGUCCACCAAGUUUAUCGAAUCUUUCACAAUUUACAUACGACAAUGGAGUGCUUCCCUCAGCCCUGUUUUAUUCAGUAGCAUAAAAGUCAUAAUAUAUUUGGUUGAUAAAAAAAAAAAAGUUUUACAAGCUUCGGUCUGUUUAUCUCAGGUUUUGAUAUUCAUUGAAAGACUACAGACCUCCAUGACUGUAUGUGGAAUGUCCAUAUAUGUAUAUCCAUUCCUGUGACCCUAGUUAGAUGUACAUUUAUGUUGAGCCAAGUGAGGUCAAUUAAUAUGAAAGCUUGUCUGUCACAGUUACCACACAUACAAGAUGCGAAGGCAGCUGUCGCAGUAUGUGGCGUUUCUCUCAUAGGAGCACGUCUUUUUUUACAUGUUCUACUAUACAGUAAUUUAUUUGUAAAGUAGGAAAUGUUUCAUGCGAGUUGAUGUACUGUGAUGUUUCCACACAAGCUGGUUUUCCACUAAAGAUGUCACGAUGUUAAAUAUUGCAUUUACUAUCAACCAAGUUUGUAAAGCCUUUUUACCAUAUAGUCUUAGUAGAUUGCUCUCACUUGUUGUUUACCCGAACCUUUCCAUAGAGAAGGAAAUACUUCGAAUAUAUGAAUUCCAUUUUUAGAUAGAAUGUUUGCUAGCAAAACUCUUUUUUUAACCCAAAAGGAGUCAUUGGUAUUGUAGUUACAUGGACAACAGCAAACUCUACUGAAAGAAGUUGUAGAAUUUCACACGAAGAAAAAUAGAUUUUAGACGAUGGAAAAUAUUGUUGCUUUGUGACUUAUUCGUCUUUUUAUGAAAAAAAUAAAAUAUGCGUUAUUUGGCA